CACCGCCGACCUUGCCAUCCCGCCAUGAUUACUUGAUCCUGGCCUCUGUUCAACCGUGACGCAUUCUUGUGCCUGCCUGGAUCAUUCCAAACGGGCAACUUCUUCUACAUGAGAUUUUCCGUUCGCCUGGCAUCCUUGGCUCUCAUCCCUCUUCGAGUCUCUUCACCGUCCCGCCUUCGGCCGUCAUCCAAGCCUCUGGCCACGACUCCUCGAUUGCCGCCGACAUCUUCGACUCGGUCCUUCGCUACAGUCAUGAACUCGGCCAGGCACAUAACAGAUGACUUGGAGAAACCGGACCUUGACGACAGAUCCUACCGAGUCAUCGAGCUUUCUAACAAGCUCGAGGCUCUACUCGUCCACGAUGCAGAGACCGACAAAGCCAGCGCAAGUCUUAACGUCAAUGUUGGAAACUUCUCAGACGAAGAGGACAUGCCCGGUAUGGCUCAUGCCGUCGAGCACUUGCUCUUCAUGGGUACCGAGAAAUACCCCGUAGAGAACGAAUACAGUUCCUUCCUCUCGUCGAACUCUGGGCACUCAAAUGCAUACACUGCCGCUACGCAGACAAACUAUUUCUUUGAAUGUGCGGCGCAGCACGAGUCGAACGACAAACUUUCCAAUGGUGUAGUGAAUGGGACUACCGAAGGCGCGAUGAAUAGCAUGUCGAGAGGACCUCUGUAUGGAGCCCUGGACCGGUUUGCACAAUUCUUCGUAAAGCCGCUCUUUCUAGAGAACACUUUGGACAGAGAGUUGAGAGCGGUGGACUCAGAAAACAAGAAGAACCUACAAAGUGACGGAUGGCGCCUAUCUCAGUUGGCAAAAUCGCUCUCAAAUCCCAAACAUCCAUUCCACCAUUUCUCCACGGGUAACCUGCAGACCCUGAGGGACGAGCCCGAGAAAAAGGGUGUCAAGAUCCGCGAUGAGUUCAUCCGUUUCUAUGAACGCCAUUACUCGGCAAACAGAAUGAAGCUCGUCGUUCUGGGCCGUGAGUCCCUCGAUGAACUAGAAAACUGGGUAGUGGAGCUUUUUUCUGAAGUGAAGAAUAAAGACUUGCCUGAGAACCGCUGGGAUGGUGUUGAAGUGCUCAGCAAAGACCAAUUGUCGGUCGAGAUCUACGCAAAACCAGUCAUGGAGUCACGUUCUUUGGAGAUAAGUUUCCCCUGGCAAGAUGAAGAAAACAUGUGGGAGACCCAACCUGCCCGUUUUGUCAGUCACUUGAUCGGGCACGAAGGUCCUGGCAGCAUAUUGGCUUAUCUCAAACACAGAGGUCUGGCUCAAACCCUGUCCGCUGGCUACCAUCCUGUUUGCCCAGGAUCUGCCUUUUUCGAGAUAGACAUCUCAUUGACUCCUGAUGGGCUGAAAAACUAUCACGAGGUCGUCAAGAUUGUUUUCCGGUACAUUGGAAUGAUGAGGGCAACGCCCCCAGUGGCUUGGAUGCACGAAGAGAUGAAGAAUAUGGCGGAUGUGGAUUUUAGAUUCCGCCAGAAGUCUCCUGCCAGUCGGUUUACCAGCGCCGUGAGCUGUGUGCUGCAGAAGCCCGAUUUGCCCCGAAACUUGCUGCUCAGCAGUACCAGUAAGUUCAGAAAGUUCGAUGCUCAAGCCAUUGUGCAAGCCAUGCAAUAUCUCCGCGAAGACAAUUUCAGGCUUAUGAUAGUGUCCCAAGAAUACCCCGGUGACUGGGACCAGAAAGAAAAGUGGUACGGGACAGAGUACAAAGUCGAGAGAAUACCCACCGAUGUGCUCUCGGACAUCCGAAAGGCAUUGGCCGAUUCGGAAUCAAACAGUAUACCGGAACUCCAUCUACCGCACAAGAAUGAAUUCAUUCCUACCAAGUUGGAUGUGGAGAAGGCGGAGGUCAAGGUACCUGCAAAGGCGCCAAAGUUGCUUCGAAAUGACGACAAGGUCCGUCUAUGGUGGAAAAAGGAUGAUACCUUCUGGGUGCCAAAGGCCAAUCUGCAAAUCAAGAUCCGAAAUACCGUUACCUCUGCAAACACAGCGAACUUCGUCAAGACCAAUCUUUUCAUCAACCUCGUCAAGGAUGCUCUGUCAAGCUACUCUUAUGACGCCGAGAUUUCUGGCCUCUCUUACGCUAUCGGCCCCGACAUGCUUGGUUUCGACAUUAGCGUGCACGGCUACAACGACAAGAUGGCCGUCCUCUUGGAGAAGAUUUUGACAACGAUGCGAACGAUUGAGAUCCGAACGGAUCGAUUCGAGAUCAUCAAAGAGCGCAUGUCCAGGAAAUAUAAGAACUGGGCAUAUCAGCAGCCGUACUAUCAGAUCGGAGACUACACCAGAUGGCUAUUGAAUGAACGCUCGUGGAUGAACGACGCCUAUGCCAAGGAACUUCCGCACAUCACAGUAGACGACAUCAGAACAUUUGUUCCAGAACUCCUCCAACAGGCACAUUUUGAAGUGCUGGCACAUGGAAACUUGUACAAAGAAGAAGCCAAGAAAAUUGGUAAUCUGAUCGAGUCCACCCUGAAAUCACGCGCAUUUCCUCCCUCGGAAUGGUUGUUGCGAAGGAAUGUCAUCCUGCCGGAAGGAAGUAAUUUCGUCUACAAACAAGUGUUGGGUGAUCCCGCCAAUAUCAACCAUGCAAUUGAAUAUUAUCUGGAUGUCGGCAACGUUAUGGAUCUAGAUCUGCGAGCGAAAGUACAGCUGCUCAGUCAAAUGACGGAUGAACCAGCUUUUGAUCAGUUGAGGACCAAGGAACAGCUCGGCUACGUGGUAUGGAGCGGGAUACGUCCUGCAGCCGCCACGAUGGGCUACAGGGUAUUGAUACAGAGCGAACGAGAUCCAGACUACCUUGAAACGCGGAUCAAUGCCUUUCUGCUCAAGUUCAAAUCGGAUUUGGAGUCGAUGCCGGACGAAGAAUUCGAGGGCCACAAACGCAGCCUAAUCAACAAACGAUUGGAAAAGCUCAAAAACCUCGACUUCGAGACCGGUCGCCUGUGGGCCUACAUCAGCGCGGAAUAUCUGAACUUCCACCAAGUGGACCGAGAUGUCGCCGUAAUCCGACGGCUGACCAAGGAUGAUAUGAAGGGCUUUUAUGCACAGUAUAUCGACCCAGAGUCGCCAAAGCGGAGAAAACUGUCGAUUCAUCUCGAGGCCCAAGCUUCAAGCUCAGUGCCGGAAAUUUCACCAGCCGAACAGAAGGACCAGUUUGUGGGGCUCAUUGGACAGGUCCUUGGAUCUCUGAGCAUUGCUGUUGACGAAGAAAAAUUGAAGCUUCAUUUCGCAAAAGUUGACCUUUCGAGCCUGCCCGAAGUCUCGAAUGCAGUCAAUGAAUACAUUGGGAAGUCGACUCCACCGACGAAGAGCAAUGAAAUCCUCAAACAGAUGACAGAAGCCAUCCCGCAAAUGCAAAUUGCGCUCAAGAUCAAGCCAGUUGAGCCGCCGAAGGAUGUUGCUGAGGUGGCUGCACAAAUCCCAACCCCUGUCAUAAUCAAAGAUGUCGCGAUGUGGAAAGCUGGCCUGGAAGUGACCAAAGGACCUAUUCCGGUCGAAGAUCUGCAGAGUUUUGAGGACCUUGAAUCUAAGUUGUGAGGUUGAACGAGGUCGCAGCCUUGCCUUGGAGACGAGGAUUCAAGAGCUUGUCACUGCUAUUGUCAUCGCCCUGACAGCAGAACAUAGCGAGGCGUUGUUGGCAAAGUCGCCAUACAUCUGUAAAGUAGACAUAGAUCUCACGAUACACUUCAAUAAAAGAUCAGCAGACCUCGCACAAGAUUAAA